GUAAAGCCUACCGACCAUCCAUCAAUUUUCAGCGAGUCGGCAGGUCGACCACCAGUCUCUAGUCCGACAUAGACUCGCACUCCCUUUUCGUGGUCUGCCUAGCCUACCCCCUUAGUAUUCUCGAAUGCGAUAAGCCCACCUGCCUACCUACCUAUACCUAGGCCUCGCCACGCACACCCUCUGCCCGUAGCGUCACAUCGGCCGGCCGGUAGACCUCCACGCCCGUUGUUACAGGCGCCCCCUGGUUUCCACGCCGAGGCGUCGAGAGAUGCCCUCUUCGACGCAGUCGCAUGCGCGAUCGCAUGCGCUGCUGCUCCUGCAGAAGCUUCUCAACCUGCGCGACAACGCCAGCCCGCUGACGCUGGUCCUCGACACCCUCGAGCAGAGCGCCAAGCCCGUGGUCCGGGAGUUUCUGAGCAGAGCCAAGAUCUCCAAGAGCAAGACGAUAUUCGUCUCCUUCGGCACGCUGCGGAAGCCCGCCGACGUCGACGUCUUCGUCAAGGCGUGGGGCAAGCCCCCCGAGGCCCUCCGCGCCGAGAUCGCCUCCCACUACCCGUCCGCUGCGGCCGGGCACGCUUACAAAGUCCUCGUCGUCCUCGAGGCCCUCAACCCCCUAGCCUCCGCCGCCGGCGCCCGCCUACCCCUCUUCCUCUCGAGCCUCGUCGCCCCGGGCGUCUCCCUCGUCGGCGUGUACCACGAGGACCUGCCGCUCGACCCGCCCUCCCCUGCCUCCACCACCCCCCACUCCUUCAACGAGUACGCGCCGCCGCCUCUCGCCGUCCUCGCGCACCUCGCCACGGCGAUCCUGCGCGCGCGCAGCCUCGCGCACGCCGCCGCGCGGCGCCGCGCGCGCGACCGCAGCCGGCCCGAGCCGCGCUGGGGUCUCGACGAGGGCCGGGAGGGCGUGCUGGUCGGGCUCGCCGGCGGCGACGGCGCCGGCGCCGGCCUCGUCCUGGAGAUGGAGCUGCGGCGGCGCAGCGGGCGGUCGGUCGCCGAGGUCUUCGUGCUGGCGCCGCGGGGGGGCGCCGCCGCGACGGCUCCGGCAACGUCGCAGCUGUACCUGCUCUCGGAGCACCCGGCGUUCCGGGGCCCGGAGCAGGACGGCGAUUCCGGCGGGGAGGACUUGCGAGCGGCGGAGGCCGAGGCCGGCGCGGGGACCAUGGGCACCACGUUCGACCUCGGGCUCACCGAGAAGCAGCGCCGCGACCGCGAGGGCGUCGUGCUGCCCUACUUCGACGCGCAGCGCGACGUCGGCGCCGGCGAGGGCGGCCGCAUCCUGUACGAUAUGGGCCGCGAGGACGACUUCGACGACGAGGAGGACGAGAUAUGAUGCCGCCCGGUAAGGUUGGACGGGGAGUUGAGGCGAGGAGUGAAAUAAAGGAAUUAAGAAAAUAGAGAGGAAAGAAACGUCAUGUCACUUGUAUUCUCGAUCUUCUCUCGGCUUGAACACGUUUCUUUUCUGGUCUUGAGACUCCGUAACAUCAGCCAUCAACCAGGAUCAAUGCCGAGAAACUGUUGAUCCAUGGUUUCUUUCUUCCUUUUCCCUCACACGUUCGGCUUGUCGUCAUCGUCUAUUAUUACAUCUAGAAUUGGCGCUGCAGCUUCCGUCCGCAGGCACCGCGCCACCUUGCCGAAUCCCCUAUGCCCGAGCAGAGCUGCAAGUU